GCGCCGCCCGCCGCCCGCGCCUGGGUGGCGCUCAUCCCGCGGGGCAACUGCAGCUACCGCGACAAGAUCCGCCACGCCGCCGCCCACAACGCCUCGGCCGUGGUCAUCUACAACGUGGGCGCGGCCGGCGCCAACGAGACCGUCACCAUGCCCCACGCCGGUGUGGAAGAUGUUGUAGCGAUAAUGAUUCCUGAGCCCAAAGGAAAAGAGAUAGUGAGUCUGCUGGAGAGGAAUAUUACUGUGAUGAUGUACAUAACAAUUGGAACACGCAACUUGCAAAAAUACGUCAGUCGUACCUCAGUGGUAUUUGUCUCCAUAUCCUUCAUUGUGUUGAUGAUAAUCUCCCUGGCAUGGCUGGUCUUCUAUUAUAUCCAGAGAUUCCGGUAUGCGAAUGCCAGAGAUAGAAACCAGCGCCGUCUUGGGGAUGCUGCAAAGAAAGCUAUCAGCAAGCUGCAAGUCAGAACAAUCAGAAAAGGUGAUAAGGAAACCGAGCCAGACUUUGAUAAUUGUGCUGUUUGUAUUGAAGGUUACAAGCCCAAUGAUGUUGUCAGGAUAUUACCUUGCAGGCAUCUGUUCCACAAAUCUUGUGUAGAUCCCUGGCUGCUAGACCAUCGCACCUGCCCUAUGUGUAAAAUGAACAUUCUAAAAGCUCUAGGGAUUCCGCCAAAUGCAGACUGCAUAGACGAUAUACCUCCAGAUUUUGAAGCUUCCAUAGGUGGACCUCCAACCAAUCAGAUUACAGGAGCUAGUGAUAUAACUGUGAAUGAAAGCUCCGUAGCUUUGGAUCCUCCUGUCCGGACCGUGGGAGUGUUACAAGUCAUCCAGGAUGUAGAUCCCUUUCCCCAGGUUGGGGAGGGUAACUUCACAACAAGCAAUGAACAGGAGCCUACUGUGAGCAGCGACUCAGAUAUUUCAUUGAUUAUGGCGAUGGAGGUUGGACUGUCUGAUGUGGAGCUUUCCACUGACCAAGACUGCGAAGAGGUGAAAUCUUGAAAAACAAACAGCGAUUCCCCACUGAACUAAAUGGUAAGGGUGAGGGGAAGGGACAGAGUCAGCUCGCAAAGAUUUGGACCAGUCACGCGCGCACCUCCAGAACACUAUAACUCCAGUGCACUCCAUUCUGAGAUGGCCAUGAAAAGCAAUAGCAACAGUUGUGUCUACCUGGACACAGUUUCAUCAUCUACAUAUGUCCAUUUCAUUCAUAUGGAAAAUGAAAGUUGAUUGGUUUCCCACAUGCUUAAGAACAGUCAUGUACCUCUUCAGUGGCUCAUCAACAUGCAACUAAAAUGACAGCUUGAGUGUUUUCUACUCCUGUUCAAUCUUUUUUUUUUAAAAAAAGAUGAUGAUGAUGUUUAUUUAUAGUUCUUUCUGGAUGGACACUUUCUUUCUUUGACUGACCCCAGCUUUUUCAAGAAUUCAGUCUGGAAAUUUGACUUCCUCUUCUCUAGUCACUUCAUGAUCCGUCUCCAGGAUUUAUUAUUGCCUUGACAUUUCUGCAUGAAGUAUGCAUGGCUUCACUGAGAAAUGGUGCCUCAGCACCCUGUAUUAAUAUGAAGCCUGCUUUCAUUAAGAUUUUAAAUCCUUUUGAAGUGGUUCUCAGAGAUUAUAUCUUCCAGAGGCCCUUAUCUUAUGGGAUAAAGCUCUGAAUUAAUUGAGGUUGCUUACUUGUUGUUUAAAACUACAUUAUGUUGAUUUCUAUUUGCAGAGCUCCAUUAAAGGCACAUACGGUACCACGUGAGGGUGAGAAAAACAACAGCAUUAGAAUUUGCCUGUCCUUGCGAUCUUUUGCUGUGUUGUCUGCCAUUAGCAACCUCCAGUGCAUUAAUGCUCUUCCCCGUGGUUCAGUAGCUGAUGGAAAACGUUCUACUUUAAAAUCCGGUACUUCCUUAAAUUUGAAAAGAAACUUCUGCCCAGCAGGCCAGUGAGUGUAUGUGCAGUUUCCUAAGGGCACUUAGUAACCCGUUUGCAGUUUGUGUGACUGAAGAAAGUACAGUUAGGAAGGAUUUGAAUGGGGGAAUGCCCUGUAAUAUCACAGAAAGAAUAAAUGGUGAAAGUAGAAGCUGGUGGCCAAAAUGUAUACCUUACUUUUUCAACUGGGUUUUUGUACAUCUUUGUUACCAGCUCCAAGAAUCUAGGUGAAUCCUUAGUUAACUACUUUCUAGAGACCCCUGUACACUGCGGUGAAACAAGACACUUAUCAUACAUUUGUGGCUGAAAAAUGUCAGCAAAAAAAAGUUGGGAUUUUUUUUCUGGACAGAGAUAAAGAUGGAGACAUCAUACAAAUGCUAAAAUCUAAGUUGUUUUAACCUAUGCUUAUGAUUUUUUCUAUCUUUGACUACAACAUGUAGAAAUGUGCUACUUAUAGCUGGGUAUUCAGAAUGCAAUUUAUGUUUCAAAAAAAGGCUAUUCAAGUAUGAAAAAGGACUUUCAUCUCGUCAUUAAACUAGAGUGAACAGUUUCAGUUGACAGUCAGAUGAUUCAAAUCACAUUACCCCCUGUUGAGUAGGUCAGUAGAAUCAACAAUACAGCUCAUAUUAAAAUUUCAAGGAAUGGAAAGCUAUUUUCAUUUCGUUGUGUUAAAGCAACAUCUCCAAAUAACACCAUUAGGUUCUUUCAACAUUGUCAUUUUAGUCCUCUUCAUACUUUUAGUUAUACAAAUUUACUUCCUGCUGAAAGUUGACAUAUGAGAUUUUACUCAGAAAAAAAUUAAUGACAAUUUUAAAAAAAAUAACUGAUUCUUUCUUAAAUUACAGGACAAAUGGGGGUGGAGACUUCCUUUAUAAUGCAAAGUUCCUUUUGUAGGUUAAAUUUUGAAUGUGAUUAGCUCUUAAAUUGAAGAAGGAGUUUAGGCAAAAUAAUCUGUGCAAAUAAUGAUUCUGAAGUGUAGCUUGUGAAGCAUUUGUUUUUUAUAGAUACUUUUUUAAAUAUAUUUUUUUAAAUAAGAGAUGUAAUCAUUUGGAAAUCUAGGCUGCUUAAAAAGAAAAGCAAAGAUAGUUUCAGGGUGUACCCCAACCAAUUGCCAAUAUUGGUGGUUUUAAAAACCAGAUUGUCUUAUUUGACUGAUGUUCUAUUUCCUGCAGCCACAUGCAACACCUACACUAACAGCAGAGGAAUCUGAAUGAGAAUUCACCCUGUAAAGAGACUCAUCUGCAAAGAGUCUGCAUAAGGUGAUGGACAAACUCCUCUUAAGCCCUGAAAGUAAUGCUGAACUAAGGCUUAGGUGGUAUAGAGAGCUGCCACAGUACAUAAGAACAGAAAUGAAACUCACCUAAGCUAGGGGUUCAGCUGUGGGCCAGAUCCAGCCCACAGAGCCAUUAGAUCCAGCCCACAGAUGUGUGCUUCAGCAAUGUUUGUCAGCAGGGAACUUCAGUUGUGGGCACUUUCCUUGUGCUGCCAUAGGUCCUAGUGUCUGCCCACCCAUCUCUAUCCCAAGGCAGAUCACUCUGAUGUGCUCCCCUCUUCCCUCCCCUUCCUGCUCUCUAAAGCUUGAAACCCUGCUCCCCAGCAGAGUUUUGUCCAGGGUGUCAAACCUGCUAGUUACACCUCUGUGUUAAUUUGUGCUUUGAUGCAAGUGCAUGCUUAUGUCUCUCCCUAUUCCGGAGAACACGUUCACAGGCCUAAUGUUACGGUUAUAUUUAAAUACCUUUGAUUUCAGCAGGAUUUAACAAUAUGCCUAGAGUUAAGCUUCAGUUCCAAGUGGAGAUGCUUCCCUGAACAGGACUUGAUGAAGUAUCUUCUUACAUAUAACAUUUGUAAAAUGCCUUCAAAAUCUUUGGAUACAAAGUGCUAAAGAGUACUGAAGAAUAUGAGUAAUAUAUAGGUCCUAAUUCUGCAAAUAUGUAUGAGUAGACAGUUUUACUCAUGUGAGCAGUCCUUUUGACUUCGAUUAGACUAUUAACAUUAAUAUUUAAUUAAAAUUAAACGUGCAGAUGUGUGAGACCAAGCUAUGUUGUACAAGAUUAACCCUUGUACAGAUGUUCUACAGUCCCUACAUACUGAUGUCAAAACCUGGGAUACAAUGUUAAAGCCUUGGUCUAUUGUAAAAUACUUCUGGGUGCCAGACACUUGAUGCAUAGCAAACCUGUUUCCUGGCCUAAGACACAAGUCAGCCUGCUGCAUAUCAAAAUACAGUUCUGCGGUGCCCUACAAAUGGGGGCAGUUCAUGUAAAUAAUCUGCCAGCCUCAUACUGUAACUCUGUAUAAACUGUCUAUUUCACUUGAUCCCAGUGAGGAGCCAUAAUCCAAGAGAGUUAAGUUCUCGUGCUAGAAUAAUCUCAUGUAGGCUAUCACUGGCUUGAUCAAUGCUUUAAG